AGUAGACCGAUACAUUUGUGGGUAAACGCCGUGGUGAACUCCAGCCAGAACUCCAGCCAGUGCAGUACAGAGUUGUUUGCAAACUGUGAGGGAUCGCCAGCCAAACAUGGGUGACCUGCACGAGUUUGGGGAAGCCGCUCCAUUUCUGAGGAAGUCUGACAAGGAACGGCUGGAAGCUCAGCACCGUCCCUUUGACACCAAGAAGGAAAUGUACGUGGCCGACGUCAAGGACAUGUACGUCAAGGCCACGGUCAAGAGCAGUGACGGUGGCAAAGUCACCGUUGAGACUGAAGAUGGCCGGACCGUCACAGUGAAAGCAGAGGAUGUACACCAAAUGAACCCUCCCAAGUUCGAUAAAAUCGAGGACAUGGCGAUGCUGACGUUUCUGAAUGAAGCGGCUGUUCUCUACAACCUCAAGGAAAGAUACGCUGCCUGGAUGAUCUACACCUACUCUGGGCUCUUCUGCGUCACUGUGAACCCAUACAAAUGGCUGCCGGUGUACAAUAAGGAGGUCGUGGCUGGAUACAGAGGGAAGAAGCGUCAGGAGGCACCCCCUCAUAUUUAUUCCAUCUCUGACAACGCCUAUCAGUCCAUGCUGACAGACAGAGAAAACCAGUCGGUUCUGAUCACCGGAGAAUCCGGUGCGGGGAAGACCGUCAACACGAAGAGAGUCAUCCAGUACUUCGCAACAAUCGCGGCGCUGGGCGACGCCACCAAGAAGGAGGCCUCGCAGUCUCAGAUGAAGGGCACCCUAGAGGAUCAAAUUGUCCAGGCCAACCCUCUCAUGGAAGCGUUCGGCAAUGCCAAGACCGUCAGGAACGACAACUCCUCGCGUUUUGGAAAAUUCAUCCGAAUCCACUUUGGAGCCUCCGGAAAGCUGGCGUCUUGCGACAUAGAAACCUAUCUGCUGGAGAAAUCCCGUGUCACCUUCCAGCUUCCCACCGAAAGGAACUACCACAUCUUCUUUCAAAUAAUCUCUCAGCAGAAGCCGGAGCUCAUCGACAUGCUGUUAAUCACUACAAACCCCUAUGACUAUGUAUUCAUUAGUCAGGGUGAAAUCACCGUGGCAUCUAUUGAUGACAAAGAAGAGCUCAUGGCAACUGAUAGCGCCAUCGACAUCCUGGGCUUCACCAACGAUGAGAAAUUGAGCAUCUACAAGCUGACCGGCUCCAUCAUGCACUACGGCAACAUGAAGUUCAAGCAGAAACAGCGGGAGGAGCAGGCGGAGCCCGACGGUGUGGAGGACGCGGACAAGGCUUGCUAUUUGAUGGGAAUCAAUUCUGCUGACCUCCUCAAAGCCCUCUGCUACCCAAGGGUCAAAGUGGGAAACGAGGUUGUCACCAAAGGCCAGACAGUCCAACAGGUUUACAAUAACAUUGGUGCUCUGGCAAAAACUAUUUUCGAGAAACUCUUCCUGUGGAUGGUCAUUCGCAUUAACCAAUCGCUGGACACAAAGAAGGCGAGGCAACAUUUCAUUGGCGUGCUGGACAUUGCUGGCUUUGAAAUAUUUGAUUAUAAUACCUUCGAGCAACUUUGCAUCAAUUUCACAAACGAAAGGCUGCAGCAGUUCUUCAACCACCACAUGUUCGUGCAAGAGCAGGAAGAGUACAAGAAGGAGGGCAUCGACUGGGUCUUCAUCGACUUCGGCAUGGACCUGCAGGCCUGCAUCGACCUCAUCGAGAAGCCCAUGGGCAUAAUGUCCAUCCUCGAGGAGCAGUGCAUGUUCCCCAAGUCGAACGACAGCACCUUCAAGGAGAAGUUGUACGACCAGCACCUCGGCAAAUCCAGCUUCUUCCAGAAGCCCAAGCCGUCGAAGGGGAAACACGAGGCUCACUUCACCCUCGGUCACUACGCCGGCAACGUGGACUACAACAUCUCUGGCUGGCUGGAGAAGAACAAGGAUCCACUGAACGACUCUGUGGUGCAGAUCUACCAGAAGGCCAGCCUCAAAGUGCUCGGCGCUCUCUUUGCCAACUUUGCAAGCGCCGAUGCCGAUGCCGGAGGUGCAAAGAAGGCAAAGAAAAAGGGAUCCUCGUUUCAAACUGUGUCUGCUUUGCACAGGGAAAAUCUGAACAAGUUGAUGACAAAUUUGAAGACAACCCAUCCUCAUUUCGUCCGCUGCCUCAUUCCCAAUGAGACAAAGACCCCAGGGGUCAUGGACAACAACCUCGUGAUGCACCAGCUGCGUUGUAACGGCGUGCUGGAGGGCAUCAGGAUCUGCAGGAAGGGCUUCCCCAACAGGAUUCUCUACGGUGACUUCAAGCAGCGGUAUCGCAUCCUUAAUCCAAGUGCCAUGCCAGAUGGGCAGUUCAUUGACAACAAGACUGGAUGCGAGAAACUCAUGGAUUCUCUGCAACUUGACAAACUCCAGUACAAGUUUGGGCACACAAAGAUCGUCUUCCGAGCCGGCCUGCUGGGAACCCUGGAGGAGAUGCGGGACGACCGACUCUCCCUGCUACUCACGCGCACGCAGGCCGUCAUGCGCGGCUACCUCAUGCGAAAGAAGAUGAAGCAGCUGAUGGAAACAAGGGAUUCAAUAAUUGUUAUCCAGUACAACAUCAGGAUCUUCAUGGGUGUGAAGAACUGGCCGUGGAUGAACCUGUACUUCAAGAUUAAGCCUCUGCUCAAGUCCGCCGAAUCCGAGAAGGAAAUGGCGAACAUGAAGGAGGAGUUCAUCAAGACCAAGGAGGCCCUUGAGAAGUCAGAGGCCCGGCGUAAGGAGCUGGAGGAGAAGAUGAUCUCCGUUGUGCAGGAGAAACACGACCUCCUCAUGCAAGUUGAGAGCGUUGAAGGAACGAUGGGUGAUGCGGAGGAGCGAUGCAACGAGCUGAUCAAGUCGAAAAUCCACUUGGAAGCCAAACUCAAGGAAGUGCAAGAGAGGGCCGACGAGGAAGAGGAACUGAACGCCGAGCUGACGACCAAGAAGCGAGCGUUUGAGGACGAAUGUUCCGAGCUCAAGAAGGACAUCGAUGACCUCGAGUUAACCCUCGCCAAGGUCGAAAGGGAGAAGCACGCCACUGAAAACAAGGUGAAAACCCUGACCGAGGAGAUGGCAGCGUUGGAAGAGAACAUCGCCAAGCUGACGAAGGAGAAGAAGGCCCUGCAGGAGGCUCACCAGCAGACGCUGGACGACCUCCAGGCGGAGGAGGACAAAUCAAACUCCCUGGCGAAAACCAAGGCCAAGCUUGAGCAGCAAGUGGACGAGCUUGAAGGUUCUUUGGAACAGGAAAAGAAAACUCGCAUGGAUGUCGAAAGAGCGAAGCGGAAAGUGGACGGCGACUUAAAAAUGUCCCAGGAGGCUGUGACAGAUCUAGAAAACGACAAGCAGCAGUUGGAAGAAAAGAUGAAAAAGAAAGACGUGGAAAUCGGACAGACCAACUCAAAAAUGCAAGAUGAAAUGGCUCUCUCAGCUCAGCUACAAAAGAAAAUCAAGGAGCUGCAGGCGCGCAUCGAGGAGCUGGAGGAGGAGAUCGAGGCCGAGCGUGCCGCUCGCGCCAAGGUGGAGAAGCAGAGGUCCGACCUCUCUCGGGAGCUCGAAGAGAUCAGCGAGAGGCUGGAGGAGGCCGGCGGAGCCACCUCGGCUCAGAUCGAGAUGAACAAGAAGAGGGAGGCCGAGUUCCAGAAGCUCAGGAGGGACCUGGAGGAGGCCACCCUGCAGCACGAAGCCACGGCCGCCGCCUUGAGGAAGAAGCAGGCCGACUCCGUGGCCGAGCUCGGGGAGCAGAUUGACAACCUGCAGCGGGUGAAGCAGAAGCUGGAGAAGGAGAAGAGCGAGUUCAAGAUGGAAGUCGACGACCUCAGCAGCAACUUGGAGCAGAUCACAAAGUCCAAGAUUAAUUUUGAGAGGUUAUCCAGGUCCUUGGAAGAUCAGAUUUCUGAUUUGAAGUCAAUUAACGAGGAAAAGCUCCAUUCCGUGAAUGAACUUACCACUCAAAAAGCCAGAAUGCAGACAGAAGUUGCCGAAUUAUCUCGUAAGCUGGAAGAAAAGGAGACUCUGAAUGGGCAGCUCUCCAGAGUAAAACAGUGCAACAGCCAACAAAUUGAGGACUUGAAGAGACAACACGAGGAUGAAGUCAAGGCCAAGAACGCCCUGGCCCACGCCGUGCAGUCGGUGAGGCACGACUGCGACCUCCUCCGCGAGCAGUUCGACGAGGAGCAGGAGGCCAAGGGCGAGUUGCAGAGGGCCAUGUCCAAGGCCAACGCCGAGGUGGCCCAGUGGAGGACAAAGUACGAGACAGACGCCAUCCAAAAGACCGAGGAGCUGGAGGAAGCCAAGAAGAAGAUUGCAGUCCGUCUCCAGGAGGCAGAAGAGCACAUUGAAAUGGCCAACGCGAAGUGUGCUUCUCUUGAGAAGACCAAGCAGCGUCUGCAAGCGGAGAUCGAAGACCUCACGACUGACGUGGAGCGAGCACACUCGGCCGCGACAGCUCUCGACAAGAAACAGAAAUCCUUUGACAAAGUUCUGUCCGAGUGGAAACAGAAGUGCGAGGAAAGCCAGGCUGAGCUCGAGGGGUCCCAGAAGGAAACGCGCUCGCUCAGCACGGAGCUGUUUAAGAUUAAGAACGCGUACGAGGAGGCGCUGGAACAACUUGAGACAGUCAAGCGAGAGAACAAGAACCUCCAGGAAGAGAUUUUGGACUUGACCGAACAACUCGGAGAGAGUGGUAAGAAUGUACACGAGCUGGACAAGUACAGGAAGCAGCUCGAGCAAGACCAGGCUGGCCUGCAGGCUUCUCUCGAAGAGGCAGAGGCUUCUCUGGAGCACGAGGAAGGCAAGAUUCUCCGGGUGCAGCUCGAGCUGAACCAGGUGAAGGCAGAGGUCGACCGCAAGAUCGCCGAGAAGGACGAGGAAAUCGACCAGAUCAAGAGGGGCUUCCAGAGAACCGUGGAGUCCAUGCAGGCGACGUUGGACUCCGAGACCAAGAGCAGGAACGAGGCGCUCAGGCUGAAGAAGAAGAUGGAGGGAGACCUCAACGAGAUGGAAAUCCAGCUCAACCACGCCAACAGGCAGGCGGUCGAGUCUCAGAAGCACCUGCGCAACGCGCAGAACCAAAUGAAGGAUCUUCAGGUGCAUUUGGACGAGGCGCUGCACGGCAACGAGGACUUGACGGAGCAGAACGCGAUGCUGCAGCGUCGCAGCAACCUCCUGCAGGCCGAGAUCGAGGAGAUGCGUGCCGCCCUUGAGCAGACGGAGAAGGCCAGGAGGCUGGCAGAACACGAGCUGCUUGGCACCACCGAGAGAGUGCAGCUGCUGCAUUCACAGAAUACGUGUUUGAUAAAUUCGAAGAAAAAACUAGAAAGCGACCUUUUCCAACUUCAGUCUGAGGCUGAGGAAGCGCUCCUGGAGGCGAGAAGCUCGGAGGAGAAGGCCAAGAAGGCCAUCACUGACGCCGCCAUGAUGGCAGAGGAGCUGAAGAAGGAGCAGGACACGAGCGCCCAUCUCGAGAGGAUGAAGAAGAACAUGGAGCAGACGGUGAAGGAUCUGCAGCACAGGCUGGACGAGGCCGAGCAGAUCGCGAUGAAGGGUAGCAAGAAGCACAUUCAGAAGCUCGAGGCCAGGGUGCACGAGUUGGAGACUGAAGUUGACGCUGGACAAAGACGGAAUUCGGAAGCAAUCAAGGGGACACGGAAGUACGAAUCUAAAAUCAAGGAACUCUCCUUUCAGGCUGAAGAAGACCGUAAGAAUUUGCUGCGUCUGCAGGAUCUGGUUGACAAGCUACAGCUUAAAGUCAAAGCUUAUAAGAGACAUUCAGAGGAAGCUGAGGAGCAAGCGAACGUGGGCCUGUCCAAGUAUCGCACCCUGCAGCACGUGCUGGAUGAGGCUCAGGAGAGAGCUGACAUCGCCGAGUCUCAGGUCAACAAGCUGAGGGCCAAGUCUCGUGAUGUGGCCAAUCAAAAGGUGAGAGGUGAUGAUGAAGAAUAAAAACAGCACAUGCAUUGAACUGUACCCAUUGUUAUUAUUGCAUGCCUACUACAUAAUGUUCUCAAAUAAUUCAGAUAUGCAGUACUUUGGUGUGAGAGGUACAGUCAUAUAAUAAUAAAAUAAAUAAAACACUGAAAACUGAA